AUGAACAUCCAUGCAAUUCAAUGUACUGUGCAGAAAACUUACACUUUCAUACUGCAAUACAUACAAAGACUUUAAAGAAUUAUAUUAAAUAAACAAAUAAUUAGACGAUGGAAAUAGCUUCCAGCAAAGCAGCAGUCCAUAAAUUAUUAACCAUUAACUAGAAUUGAUUGACAAGAAGUGGCUUUUGUUUUUAUGAAUUACAUUUAAAUCUGAUUAAACAAACCCUGAUUUUACUACCUAAUGUCUAAACAGCUAAAAACAAAAUAUUUUAGCAUUAAUUAGACUAGGUGGAGUGAGGGAAAAAAAAGGUGAGAAGUCAUAAAGAUUAGAUCCAGGCGAUAAAGAGAUUAUUUCAUCUACACAAAUUGAAAAUUUUAUAACUUUGGUUAAAUGUUAACCAAGCAGUAAAAGAAGUACCACACCUAGUUUUGAUCCACAACAUAAAAACAAAAAUAUUUUAUAGAAAAAACGCUCAGCAUGAACAGGGUGUAGUUCCCAGACUUACCUGGUGGUGUCACUGUUUGCCAUGUUUUUGCAGGGCUGCAAGGAGACGACGUUCAAAUCCUCUGGCAACGAGCCCGUUUGGUUCAUAUCGUGCAAACAGUGGAAAAACUUUACAUAUAUUUAGAUUUUUUACACAAAUACUACUAUUUUGGAUUUUUUUUAUUGGAUGUGAGGAUACAUUAUGACUCGAAGAGGCAGCAGCGGAUUUUGAGGUCAAGCUAAGGAUCAAACAGGUGUUACAAGAACCCUUAAAUACCAUCACUUCUCCUAUUUACUACAUGUAUUAUUUCUAAAUUGUGAUUUUUUUUUUCUUUAAUGCAACCUUAGGAGUCAUAAAACUGGGAUGUGUCUUAAAAUAUGUCAUUAUUUUAAUUGUAAAUGUCGAAGAAAUUGUUUUUUAUGUGAAAAAAUAUGCAUUAUAAUGUAAAACGUGGACAGUCGCCCAUUCUCCGAGCAACAAAUGAAUAAAGGGGCUGCAGAUCUGGGCUCCUGGAGGUGCAACGCCGGCUCAAACCUCCAUCCUCCAAUCCAACUUUUCUGUGCAUUUUCACGUCACACGCACGCGAACUAUAAAUUUGGCAUCCUAUGCAAAUGUAUGCUGACGUAAAAGAUCAUGUGGUUUUUGUCGUCGAGCCCCCCUAUGAGCAACGAGGAGGUUUUCUUUUUUUUUUUUCUCCUCUCUACUGUUGUCUUUAGGUUAGCUAUGCUACAAUCUUUACUGUACCCAGCGCUAGCUAUAUGCGCCGCGCGCGGCUCCACCACUCUGGAUAUCUGGAAAUAAUCAACUUCCAGCCUGUCGCUCCUCGCUUCCACAGCCCGCACACAGACUCCAGAAGAGAUUACCCAGAGUGCUGCUGGCUUAAGGAUCGACCAGGAAGAGCUGAAAGAAGGCGAGGCUGGGAAAACGAAGGGCAGUGUUUGGAAGAGGAGGUGAACCCUCAGGAGGAGCCAGAACCCGCAAAGAGCCUCCCGGUAGAGGAAGUGCAAUUGAACUCCUCUGCUGUCUGUGAUGCCCUCCCAUGACGCCCAGGUUAGUAGCUGACACUGCCAGUGAGCGGGAGACGCCACUGCACAACCGGUCGCGGGCCUGCGCCAUCAGCCGGUUCUCGCCCUCCCUCUCACACGCUGGAGACUCCAACUCCAACCACCUACCAGUGUCCACGCGCAUUAACGACGAUCCACCCCUGUAAAUUUCUCUCCAAAACCGACACGCUGACGUCCACGGCCACCAGCAGCAGUUGCCAAAUCCUGCAACAUCAUCAAAGCAAUCCGCAACACCAGCAGCACCACUACCAGCAGCGCUCAUCAUGUCCAGUCGUAGAAAGUCCUCCAACCCUUGCAUGGUCAGGGUCAUCAGCGACCUGCCCGAUGAGCAAGAUGACCCAGAGGAGGUGACAGACUUGCAAGGAUUGUCAGGCAAAGUCCUGACAGAGAAAGAACAAUCAGAAUCUACAGAAAAGGGGAAAAGACCCCAGAAAGUGAAUUCAGACCAGCAGACAUUUGUACAACAAGCAGAAAAUCAGCACCCUGAGCCAUCUCGCCAAGAAGAGUUUGGUGAGGGUCAGCAACCCCCUGUCAUUGAAGAAGUAGAAGCCAGAGGGGUGAAAGACAAGGGUGAAACGGAAUCUGACCAAGUGUCUCAGAAAAAGUCGGCAAAAGGCUAUGAGUGCAAAUAUUGCCCAUUUUUGACACAUAACCUUAAUGACUUUAAAGGACACGUGGACUCUAACCACCCUAAUGUCAUUCUAAAUCCAAUGUACCUCUGUGCUGUGUGCAACUUCAAUACCAAGAAGUUUGACUCACUUACAGAACAUAAUGAGAGCCAGCACCCAGGUGAGACUAACUUCAAGUUCAAGAGAGUAAAACUGAACAAUCAGACUAUCUUAGAGCAGACAAUCGAAGGCAAAGACAAUUCAGCUGAAUGCGAGACGACAAAUGAAAAAGGUGAGAAAGACGGCACCUCUGUGUUUGCACCAUGCGUUUCUACCACGGUGAAAAGUCCGGGUAAUGUACAAUCGCUCUUUGGAGGAAGUGAACCGAAAAGCCGGCUGGACAGCUUGAUACAACCGAAUCAGAUCACAGCCGUGAACAUCAACGGAACAGUCAUCAUCCCUGAACCCACCAUGCUCCAAGGGCUUUCCCAUGUCACUCCAAUGCUCCAGCGUCCACCCAAUUUUAAUUCUGUACCAAAAAUAGCCGUUCCACUGAACACUACCAAAUAUAACCCUUCUUUAGACGACAACCUGACAUUAAUGGCUUCCUUUAAUAAGUUUCCAUACCCAACACACGCCGAGCUGUCCUGGCUUACAGCUGCCUCCAAGCAUCCAGAGGAGCAAAUCAAAGUGUGGUUCACCACCCAACGGUUGAAGCAAGGCAUCACCUGGUCCCCGGAGGAGGUGGAAGAAGCCCGGAAGAAAAUGUUCAACGGUUCAAUUCCUCCUGCCCAUCACACAUUCACAGUUUUACCUACAAGCCCCCUUUCUGAGUCAUCUUCAAAAUCGUCCAAGCAGCCAAUUGUCUACACAACAGUGGAGUGUCCAAGUCAUGUACGAACAACUGUGUCAAAUGGGUCCAGUGUAGUCGCCACUACAUACUCCUCUACAGGAGUUGUCAAUGGUUCCAGUCGUACCCUGAAACGGUCCCUGCCCACACAUCUAACAUCGGCCUGUGGCCCAGAAUCAAAGCGACCCAUAAUGGCAGUUGCUCCGCAUCCUGGUGACCCUAAAGAUAAGGUUCUGAUGGCACCUCCUCCACCGCCUCCCCCUCAAAAAGACCGCUUUCAGACGGGGACACCUGCUGUUCGCAUGGAGACAAAGAGAAUCGCAACUACUCCUUUGGUCAAUGCAGAGAUGAAGAGGCAAUCUCUUGCUGUGCCUUUAAUGCCACCUCCAUCCUCACCUUCAUUGCCAUCGUCAUCAUCCAAGGGAAAGAGUCUCUCUGUAGUUGGAAACUCCAAAACAAAGCCAGUUGUCUCUCUCCCAUCAAUAGUCUUUCCAGAAUCUUUAACAAGGCCAAUGAUCGCUCCUCCACCAAUCUGUGCCCCUCCAUUUAAAAACUCAUUAUUGAUUCCUCGUGCCCCACCUGUCACUUCCAAAGAAAAGCAUGCCAAUCCCCACACUCUGCCAGCUUCUGAGAUGACUCUACCAAACUCUCCCCCACCUAAUAAUUCACAGAUAAGAAGGCCAACUAUCAUCCAGUCCGUUCGUACUCCAGCUAAGACUCCCUCACAGAUUCAGGGGUUUCCUGCGGAUGUCAGUAAACUAAAAGAGCCACAAGGAGUAGAUCUCAAAGCUAGCUACCCUAGAGGAGACAAGGUCCCCAGUCUUCUGGCAGAGGCCAAUGGGACAUCGCAUUUGGAUGGUAAAUGGUCCCAUGGACAGAUGCCCUGUGGUAAUAACAAUGGAUUUGUGCAUUUGGACAACGGUGACACACCAGUAUCUCGGAAGCCAGAUUUUCAGCAGAAGUCUUCAGUGAUGACUCAAUUCCCUUUGCUCGAAAGAAUGAAAGGUAAAACUGCAAAACAACUGAAGAUCUUAGAGGAAAAUUUCUUGCGCAACAGCUUUCCUACACAAAGUGAUGUGGACAAUCUGGCAAUUACUACAGGCUUGUCCCAUCAGGAAAUCGAGAGUUGGUUUGGGGAGCGACGUGCAUUGCGGGAUAAUCUGGAGCAGGCCCUCCUAAACUCCAUGGGCACAAAGAGGGUCGGCAUUGGUGGUAUUGCUGGCAUAACUGAGAACAAACUUAAUCAGCAGCACCGAACUCUCCAGUUGAAUGGGAUUCACAAAACAAGCACGACUUUGGGCAGUGUCAAAAGUCCUCCUCCGCCAGCACCUCCUGGUGCUGUUCUGCCCUCUAUUCCCAAACCGAAUUCCUGUUUAGUGCCUCCAGAAAGCCAAUCCCUGGCACUCCUUAAGGACGAUUUUCCUCAAACUCAGUGGCCUUCCCUUGAGGAGUUUAGCCAGCUGGAGGGUCAAAUGGGCCUGCCCCGCUCGGAACUUAGCCGCUGGUUCACUGACACUCGGCUGCAGAGCAGCGGUGUGGAGCUGAAAGAGCUUUUUCAUAAAAAUGGAUUAAACGGUGUGCAGGGGCAGCCUGUAAGUGCCCUUGAGAACACUCCAUCCAGCAUCAUACAAGCCUGCCAGGACGGAGCUGUCACGAACAACAGCAGUAAGGUGCUGGAGAUGGAGUUGGGCUGGCUCAUGGACCAGCGUUACAAGCACUUCAGCAGUCAGCAGCAUGCUGAGCUCCAAGACCGGUUUGCUGGCAGACUGAGACAGCAAAGUGCAGCGGAGCUGAAGAACGGGGUACAGAACUGGGGAGUCAUGGGAGGAGCACGGGACAUGUUUGGGAGCUGGCUCGAGGAUGGACACUUUAGGAGAGGACGGGAGCUGCUCCUGGACAGGGACAGGAAGAUGGCAGAGGAGACGUCUGGGCGUCUGACUGGAUAAUUGACGCACAACGUCCUCCUCCGCCAGGCUGGGGGUGAUCUCAUCUUUGUUCUUGACCCGCAGUGACCCCAGCAUUCAUGUGACGUUUAAUUAAGACGGGGUGGGUGUGUGGGGGGGGAUUCAGAGCUGCUAGGCUUUUAUUUUGGCGAGGCGCAGGGACGCAUCGGUGCUGGAGGAGGGAGAUGAGCUCUGAGAGAAAUUUCGGGUCACGAUGUGUGAAGAUAAUUGAAAUUUCCCUCCAAUUCAGUGGAUUCCAGGUGUCUGCCUGCGGUUUUUAACAGUAAAGUGAGUUUUGUUUUUGGAGGUAUAAAAUGAAAACUGAAGCGUUUGCCGCUUAAACUGCAGAGGCAGAACUCUGAGGAGUUCUAAGAUGUGGCGGCGUUCUCUUAAAGCUUCCUUUAAGGUGUUCGGCGCCUUUUAUGGAGACUAAAGUUAAAAUUCAUGAUUGUUAGACCUUUGAAUUUCUGGAAACUGACUUUAAAUAAGAGAAAUUUGCAAGUUAUGAAAUUUUCUGAUUUUUAUCCCAUUAAGAAUGUGAGAAAUUAGCUGUAAUUUCAUCGUCAUUUUUUUCUGUUUUUAGACAAUCUGAUCUUUUUUCGAGCGCCCCCCCCACAGGAUUUAUUUAAAAUUUUACCCUUAAAGCUAACUUAUUUCUAUUUUUACCUCUUUCUCAUGUAACAGGAUUUAUUACUUAUUUUUUUUCCUUUUCCACAAAAAACGUUCCCCUUUAGAGUUUAGCCAGUGAUCAUCCGGAUUUGUAUUUUUCUGAGCAUUCUACUUAGAAGAAAGCUGAGUCCUAUUAACAUCUGGAAGCGGGAUAAUAAGCGUUUCUUUCCUCUCUAAACUUUGCCCGUUCCGCUGGAGUUGCUUCAUGAGCGACAUGUCCCUGUAAGCCCCUUAAAAGCCCCUUAAAUCCCAUAAGUUUCCCUUGAAGUGAGCCCGGAGGAAGCGGGGAGAGGGGAUUAGCGGGUCGUGAACUCGGCGGAUGGAUGGACCACCAGACGUGGGCGAGGUGAUGUUUUGCGUGACCCGGUUGCCGUGGAGAUGUGAACAAGGUGAACCGGAGCACUGAAUGUGUGCCUGCAGCAGCAGUCUGACUGUACACACUGACUGACAGACAGGGUUGGAUUGAAAACAAACAAACAAACAAGAAAAAACAUUAAAAAAAAAACACAAAAACGCCGAGUGCCAAAGCUGGGAUCUGCUGCAUUCUCACUACACUUUUAAAGAAGGGUCAUUCUUCUUGUUGAUGUAAAUAGAACAUAUAUGUUUGUUUGUUUUUUGCUUUCCUGUGUUGAUACAGAUUUGUAAAAUUUUG